AUGUUAGGGGGAUUUUCACCUGCAUCUGUUAACACGAACAACGCUGGAGAAGUCAGAUAUACGAGCUACCUAAUGAGAAAGAAGAAAACCACAGACGAGAAAUCUACGAUGCAAAAACCUUCACUAAAAAUUGUAAAAAAGAAAAAUCCAUACACAUUAAAAAUAGGAGAUAAUGUACGCAUAACAGAGAUUAAACACCACUUUAAAAGAGAUUACCAACAGAAAUGGACAGAGGAAUAUUUUAAAGUCAGUCAACGGUACAUGAGAGAUGGAAUUCCUGUCUAUAAAUUAAAAGAUUUAACCGACGAUUCAAUUGAUGGUACAUUUUAUCAACCAGAACUUCAAAAGGUAGUGAAAUCAGACGAUAUUGCAUACAGGGUCGAGAAAGUACUGAAAAAAAAGACGGAGAGGUCAAACUAA